AUGAAAAGAAGCAUAUAUGAAGUGCACAGAUACCUGAAAACGAAAGGAUUUACUUAUGGUACUGCACUUCAGUUGAUCGACGGAGUUUUACCUGUGAUUAUUGGGAUAAAAACAAGUUAUUUGGUUGAUUGUGUCCUCUUAGAUCGAGAAUUUAUUCAAUCUUUUCUUGACUUUUUAGGUCAUCCUAAUGUUCAAGCUGUACAUUUCUUGGAGCCCAUUGAACAAACAUUCUUUGUAAACGUGAGCUGCUGGAAAGAAUACGCGGAAACAAAAGAAUUAUGGCCUCUUGUAAUUACUUUACCCCAAAAAUACCGGAGUGAGAAGUUAGAGCAAAAAUUGACUUUGUAUGUAAAUACAUUGCUAAACCUGGAUAGAAACGAGAAGAUGAUUACAAUCCAAGUCCCUGCUUUCACAUGGAAAUUUGAUCAUUCUCCAGUGCAGUCAAAAGUGAAAGAGGUAUGUUCAAUUACUGCAUUAACGGGAUGCUUAUUAAAUUAUGGAGCAACUUAUCACUUUUGUUCAAAUGAUGAAUCGCAUGACAAUGGUCUUUCCAAAGAGCCAUUAAAUAUUUAUAGGAUGAUAGCCGCCUUUAAGAAGUGUAAUUUCCGCUUGUCACCAUUUCUUCAAUUUUCAUGCCCCGUGAAGUUUGAGCAACAAGUAGCAGUCAUUGCUGAACAACUGAGAUGUAAUUUUCAAAAAAGAUGGGAGCAACUAACACUUCAGGAAAAAAGCCUCUGGAACGAGUGGUUAAGUUUUCGAUAUCCAAAGCAUGCUUUAGGAAGAUUUGAGGAUAUUUCAUGGGAAAUGCACGUAGAGACCCAUACAGAAUCUUCUGUUGUACUAUAG